GUGGUGGGAGAGUGGAGGUUUAGUAAAAUCCACUGUGACAUCUUUGUCACCCUAGAUGUCAUGAUGUGCACUGCUAGCAUCCUCAAUCUCUGUGCCAUCAGCAUUGAUCGGUAAGUGCCCUUGAAAUAGUUGAAUCUUGGCUGGAGGCAGGUGCCAUUGUGGAUUUGUAAUGAAAAGCUUUAGAUAAAAAAUCUUUAAGCAAAUUCAUUGGAGUCUGGGCCUAGAAGGUCUACUUGCAAACCCAUCUGGUACUUUCUAUUGAAUACCAAUUCCAUUAUUUAUGGACUAUGCAGUAUGCCAUUUUCAUUUUGCAUGAUUUUCCACUUCACUGAAUUUCAUGUCACUAAAUGCAUAUAUAGAACAAAAAUUAACCUUGGUUAUGCGAAUACUUACCUCAGAGGUCAUUUAAAUAUUUAUUAAAGUAAUUUGUAUUUGAAUACAAAAUGUCUGCACAUUCUGUUUGUGUGGAGAGUAUCUUUGAGUUGUUUAUACUGCAGAUGCUUAUUUUAGGUUUUUAAGAUAUUACUCACGCAUGUUUCAUAAUUAAAUCUGUACUAUUGAAUAAAGAGUACCCUGAAAGUUAGAGUCCUUAAUUGAAACAAUAACAAAGUGGCCAACUGCCUCUGUUUUGGUAAACAGCUGAUGGAUGGGCCUGGAGAAAUGUAACCACUGUCAAAUUCAUAGACAGAGCUAUGGAUGCAAGGACUGUCCAUCCAUGAUAUCAAAAUUAUAAUUUUUGAGGCUAUAUAGUGUGUGUUUACAUUUACAUUGUUUACAAACAUUGGAGUAAAACAAAUGUAUAGUUUGUGUUCUGAUGGAGUACGACAGUUGAACUAAGCUCAUGAGGCAUUUAUAAGUUCUAUUCUUCAAGAAUCAAUGGGUGUAUACUGUAUAUCAUUAAUUUAUAAGUCCAAAAAUUGAUAUAACAACUAAGGAUUCUAACUUUAAGUGCUUAAGUUGCCUUAGGCCUCGUACCUAAAGGUUCCCAACUAAAUUACAAUAAAAUAAAGUAAGCCUGUAAAAUAUUUGUUUACUUCCUAUGGAUGUCAGCUCACUCAAUAAUAAGGUCACACAGCAGGCUAGAGGUUAAUUGAUAAGGUCCCCUACCAGGGAUGUAGUGGAGGGUAAUGCAUAUAAACACAUUAAAUGCACUUUAAGGGUUAAUGCACCUUUUUAUUUCCUGAAUAGCAUUUACACACCUGUUACGCUAAAUUAUACUUUCUUAGCGUUUACUGUACGUUAGUCGUCUACCGUCAUCUCAGAGUUUACCCACCUUUUUUUUCUACCCCUACAUCCCUGAUGUCCCUACCAAGACAAUAUAGAGAAAGGUGUUUGCUGUCGCUCCACGUCUAGUCUGCACAGUAGAAAAGCCAUAUUCAAAUGUGGCAUAUCUGUGUGUACUUGUGCAAUCGGAUCAUGUCUGGCAGUUUAUCUAACCCUACGGUGUUUUCCCCUUGUCUUUCCUUCCCUCUGCUUCCUUCCACAACAGAUACACAGCAGUCGCCAUGCCCAUGCUGUACAACACACGCUACAGCUCCAGAAGACGAGUCACUGUUAUGAUCUCAGUGGUGUGGGUUCUGUCCUUUGCAAUAUCAUGCCCCCUGUUGUUCGGCCUAAAUAACACAGGUAAUAGCAGGAACUUUGAGCUACCUUGCUCUGCUGCACUGUAAUCUUUACUAUUGCUCAGUGCUUCCACAGUAUUUUGGCUUUUAUGGCACUAAGGAGUAGACUCAGUAUGAUAAUUAUAGGUGAUACCAAACUGUAUGACUGCUGUGAAUGGGGCAAACAGUGUGGUGGUUAGUUUGAAUGCUCCUCUUUCAUACACAUAGUAUAUUCAUCCAUAAUGGCCCUUUUGGGAAUUUUGCACUGUAUUGAGCAACUCAGUGGCCUUGUGGUUAGAGUGUCCACCUUGAGAUUGAAAGGUUGGGAGUUCGAUCCCUGGCAGAGUCAUACCAAAGCCUGUAUAAACGGGACCCGAUGCGUCUCAGCUUGGCACACAGAAUUAAGGAGGUACACCGAAGAUAAGACUCUGCAAUAGACUAGCGUCCUGUCCAGGGGUUGUACUUGUACGUCAUGCUACAGAGAAUGGCUACUGGUUUGACUGGUAUUGUUGUUUUUGACCGCCGCAAUCAUUUUGUUUUCCUCCCUAGCGACUCGCGACGAGGCCCUGUGCAUCAUCGCCAACCCGGCUUUUGUGGUGUACUCCUCCAUUGUGUCCUUCUACAUCCCCUUCAUCAUCACUCUGCUGGUCUACGUGCAGAUUUAUGUGGUGCUUCGCAAGCGGCGGAAACGGGUGAACACAAAGCGCUCGUGUCAAGGGACAGGCGACCACGACACAGGCACCACGUUAAAGGUGACUAGGCUGCAAAUCAUGUUUUUCAAAAUUGCUCGACACACUUAGGAGAGCCAAUUCAAUUAAAUCCAUUGUCAACAACGUGUCGUGUUUUUGGAGAAUGUAAUCAAACAUGAGGAAGCUAAAUAUUGUCCACAAAGUGUUUGCUAUUUCCAGACAUGAGAGGCCAAACACAUAGAUCAUGAUUUUGUUGGAGGGGGCAAGAAAAACACACGAGAUAGCAUUCUAGCCGGGAUUGAAAAGGGCACACGCAAUUAUCCUAAGGCGUUUUAAGAGGGUUCUCUUCGUGUUAGCAACAUAUUCUGCUGUAAUUGGUCAUUUCACACGACAAAUCCCACUUGGUCAUGUUACAUUGGCCUACUAGAUUGGCAGGAGAGCUGAAAUGCAACAGUAAUUAUGAUGUGCCUUUAAGUGACCUUUUCCUUUUCUGGAUAUUGAUUUUAGUGGCAUUAAAGCAUAUCAAUACAGGGAAAAAAAGCAGUGUUUCUCUCAGACCUCUACAUUUUUCAUGUACAUGCAUACCUUUGUCUUAGUGUGGGGAAGAGAUGGAGAAGAGAAAAUACAUUCACAAAGUAUUAGGCAAUUGCAAGGCAAAUUGUCCUCAUCACCUUUGUACUGUGAGUCAAUAAACCAUUUCUGAAACAAUAUUGUCAGUUUAACUCUGUGGACUUUUUAUUUCUGCGCUAUUGAGUGUUAUAGACGUAAUGAUUCCAAUGGGAAUCAAAUAACAGCGUACACUCAAUAGAAUUACAGUUUGUUUUGUUAAGAGUGACUCUGAGACCAUUUGGUGCCUGUGCAGUGACUGUGUGAUAGCUUCUCUCCCCUGUUGUUGUUUCAGGAGAAGUGCAGUCACCCAGGAGAUGUGAGGCUGUGCACUGUGAUUGUGAAACCUAAUGGGAGCUUUCCUGUCAACAAGAAAAAAGUGGUGUGUCAAGUAUUUGUAGUGCUAUUUUUACAGAAUAACUCUCAUAAGGGAAUGUCUUUACUUUCAAAGGCAGUUAACAAGGUGUCACCUCUAUUGUUCCCAUUUCUCCCUGUAAGCAAGAUAUAGAAGUUACUGCUACGUUACUGCUACUACUACUACUACCACUACUACUGCUUUAACAUCGUUGUUGAUCUCUGUCAGCAGGUCUUCAUCAAAGAGGUGGCCCACGAAGGGGACGACAUGGAGUUGGACGAGAUGACCAACUGCAAACCUCAGAAACAGAAGAAUGUGGACAAUGCCACCGCCACGCCUGUCAGCCACCAACUCCUCCUGCCAACCAAGGCCAAAGCCAGCCCCACCUCCGUGCCCCACUCCCCGCCUGAGGGCUCCCUCAAAGUGGAGAAGAACGGCGACUCGAAGGACAUACUGGCAGAAGUACCCAAAGUGGCUAAAGCGUUUCAGACCGAGGCCUUACCCAACGGCAAAACCCAGACGUCUAUCAAGCAGCAACCCACUCUCAUGAGUAAGAGGAAGAUCUCCCAACAGAAGGAAAAGAAAGCCACUCAAAUGUUAGCCAUAGUCCUGGGUAAGCCGUUAACACGAAUACUACUUUGAAUGUUUGAAAGUACUGUUGAACUUUUCAGGAGAGAGGAGGGAUACAGACAUUGGGGUAAAGUCUAUUUUACUUUCACACGUCAUAAGCAAUAAGACAACUCAAUAAAAAGUAGCUGAUAUCUUUAUUUGACUAGCUGUAGUUUUCUGAUGCCCUGUAUAGGUAUAUGUUAUUCACUUAGUAAUCCUUAACUUGAAAAGAGCUUACAGGCAGAAAGUCAGACAAUGAUGCAGCAUUGAGGAUAAAUCAAUUUUGAUCAAGUUUAACUUCAGGACAUGAUUCAAUGUUGACAUCAAUCCAGUAACACGGUACGCGCUGGUUUCUCCGAUCUUUUCACAUUUUGUCUUCUCUCUCUCUCUUUUCAGGUGUAUUCAUCAUAUGCUGGCUUCCUUUUUUCAUCACUCAUAUCUUGAACACCCACUGCACCACAUGCAAGGUUCCUGCGGAGAUGUAUAACGCUUUCACGUGGCUGGGGUAUGUGAACAGUGCUGUGAACCCCAUCAUAUACACCACUUUCAAUAUAGAGUUCAGAAAAGCUUUCAUCAAGAUCCUGCAUUGCUAAGGUUGGCAUUUGAGGAGGGAGCUGGAAUGAAGAAAAGCGUCACUUAAAGCCUACUAAAAUAUACCUCAUCCACGUGAGGACAGUGCACAUGACCAUAAAUCUCAGUGAUGAUCUUUGAGAAAUGGAGAGACUGAGUAAAUGCCACACAUGAAGUCAUGGGGACAUUUGUGGAUUAUUCUGUGGACUCAUGUUCUCCCACAUGAAUGUAUAUCGAGGAAUAACGUCUUUAUCAAUGAACUGUUUCUUGGAAAUGUCAUAUUGUUCUUAACCAUCGUGCUUGUCGCUUAAGAGCCAUCCAUGUAAGGAAAUGUAAAGAAUACACAAGAAGAUGUGUUUAAAAACACUAAAGCAAGCCACCUAUUUAACCUAUAUAUUGUAUAUAAUGUCUUUUGAUAAUGGCUGAAUCCCGCAAAGAACAAUUAGAUAUCAACAAAUCAGUGUUCAUCUCAGUAUUAAACCUGAUAAUAUUAAACUAGUCAUCUAUGAGCUCUGCAUCUUUAAACCACCCACAGAAUGGAAUGUGUGUUACAUAGAGAUGAAAUAUUUUAACUCAUAGUUUUCUCACUGGUCUGCUUGGCAAGAGAGGCAGCAACAUA